AAAUGGAAGAAGAGAUCGCUGCCCUGGUCGUUGACAACGGCUCUGGAAUGUGCAAGGCCGGCUUUGCCGGGGACGACGCUCCCCGCGCCGUGUUCCCGUCCAUCGUCGGACGUCCCAGACACCAGGGCGUGAUGGUGGGAAUGGGUCAGAAGGACAGCUACGUGGGAGACGAGGCCCAGAGCAAGAGAGGAAUCCUCACCCUGAAGUACCCCAUCGAGCACGGCAUCGUCAGCAACUGGGACGACAUGGAGAAGGUGAGGACGAAAGGAAGAAUGGAGUCUGCUGGCGUCCACGAGACGACCUUCAACAGCAUCAUGAAGUGCGACGUAGACAUCCGUAAGGACCUGUACGCCAACACCGUGCUGUCUGGUGGCACCACCAUGUUCCCUGGUAUUGCUGACCGUAUGCAGAAGGAGGUCACAGCUCUGGCCCCACCCACCAUGAAAAUCAAGAUCAUCGCUCCCCCAGAGAGGAAGUACUCCGUCUGGAUCGGCGGUUCCAUCCUGGCCUCCCUCUCCACGUUCCAGCAGAUGUGGAUCAGCAAACAGGAGUACGACGAGUCCGGACCUUCCAUUGUUCACCGCAAGUGUUUCUAAGACAAAAACGCUGCAGGAUUCCUGCCAGCACGGAGUAGCUGGACCGUUACGUUCCAGAAUUUACUUCUUAAUUUUCACUAUCUACCUCCAUCUGCCGAGCUCUAUCAAUGACAACAACAAUUAAACGUCAGUAUUGGUUCA